CAUAAACCAUGUGUGGCUGCAUCUACCUGGGAGAAGCGGCACCUGUUUCUAAUUUGCACAAAGAUACGUUUGCCUUUCUCUCAUGGCUUCUUUCUUAUUAACCCUAUUCUGCCUUCUCAGGUCUCUGCUAUUCUGUCGAAAAAGGAGGAGAAAAUGACCAAGUUACAGGAAGCAGUGACAUUCAAGGACGUGGCUGUGGUCUUCACUGAGGAGGAGCUGGGGCUGCUGGACUCCACCCAGAGGACACUGUACCGAGACGUGAUGCUGGAGAACUUCAGGAACCUACUCUCAGUGGGACAUCAACCAUUCAAACCAGACUUGAUAUCCCAGUUGGAGAAAGAGGAAAAGCUUUUGAUGAUGGAGACAGAAACCCAAGGAGAUGAGGGUUCCGGUGACAAGAGUCAACAGAAGAUGGAGAGUAUUCAAGAAGUGGGAUUAAACUACCUUUCCGCCAAAGAGCUUUCCCCCUGGCAGACCUGGCAACAGGAUGCAAGCAGAUUAACCAGGUGUCAGCAUUCCGUGAGAAAUACUCAAGAGGGUAGUUUUCAGUUACAAAAACAACGUGAUUCCCCUUGCCAGGUUUGGGCAGGAAUACCAAUUCAGAUUUCUGAAGACGAGAACUAUAUAUUGACUCAUAAAGAGAAUGGUUCCAAUUAUAUAAAAAAUCAAGACUUUCCAUCUUGGAGAGCCCUGCAUUCUUGGAGGAAAAUGUAUCUGACUGAGUCACCCAAUUAUCAGUGUCGAUGUCAGCAAAUUCUCAUGAAAAAUAAUUUCUGUAACUGUGACGGCAUCAGUUGGGUCCCAUAUCACAAUGACAAUCUGGGAAUACACGAGACAGAAAAAAAUUACAGCUGCCAUGAUUGUGGAAAAGACAUCAUGAAGGUAUCAUUACUUAAUCAGGACUUAAUUCCAACAAGAUAUAAGCCCUACUGGGGUAAUGAGUAUAGAAAAGCCUUCAGUGAUGUCACCAGCUCUAAAGUUCAUCAGUGGUUACACUUAGAAGGGAAGCCCCAUACAUACAGUCAGUGUGGAAAGGGCUUCAGUUAUAGCUCAGUUCUUCAUAUUCAUCAAAGUGUUCAUAGAGGAGAUGAUUGUGUUAUUGAGAGGUCACAUCUACAGUCUCAUCAGAGAGUGCAAACAGAGGAGAAACUGUGUAAAUGUGAAAAUGGUAAGAACUUCAAUCAGUAUUCCUCUCUUAACACUUAUGAGCUUACUCACGCAGGAGAGAUGUCCAGUAGAUGCAACAUUUGUGAUAAAGCUUUGAGCCAUAGCUUAGACCUUAGUAGUAUUUUUAGGGUCCAUACUGGGGAGGAACCCCAUGAAUAUGAAGAGAAUGGAUAUGUCUUUGAUCAGAGCUCAUGUCUUCAGAAAAUCCACACUGAAGGGAAGCUAUACACAGGUGUGGAGUGUGGGAAGAGCUUCAUUUGUAGUUCAAAUCUUAACAUUCAGCACAGAGUUCACAUAGAAGAGAAUCUCUGUAAUUCUGAGGAGGUUGAUAAUGACUUCAGUGUGGCCUCACAUUUUCAGGACCUUCAGAUAGUCCACACUAGGGAACAGCCAUACAAACAUUAUGCAUGUGGUAACACUUUCAGUCAAAUUUCAUAUCUUCAGGGCCCUCCGAAAAUCCAUGUUGGAGAGAAACCUUAUAAGAAGUAUGAAAAUGGCUUGAACUGGAGUUCAAAACUUAAAGAUCAUCAGAGAGUUGACACUGGAGAGAAGCCAUACAAAUGCGAUGCGUGUGGUAAAGGUUUCAGUCAUAAAUCAGUUCUUAAAGUUCAUCAGAGAGUCCACACAGGAGAGAAACCUUAUAAAUGUGAGGAGUGCAGUAAGGAAUUCAGUCGGAGUUCAUACCUUCAAGCUCAUCAGAGAGUCCACACUGGAGAAAAGCCAUACAAAUGUGAGGAGUGUGGGAAAGGAUUCAGUCGGAAUUCGUACCUUCAAGGCCAUCAGAGAAUCCACACUGGAGAAAAACCAUACAAGUGCGAAGAGUGUGGUAAAGGCUUCAGUCGGAGUUCACACCUUCAAGGCCAUCAGAGAGUCCACACUGGAGAAAAACCGUACAAAUGUGAGGAAUGUGGGAAGGGAUUCAGUUGGAACUUUAACCUUCAAAUUCAUCAGAGGGUUCACACAGGAGAGAAACCUUAUAAAUGUGGAGAAUGUGGUAAGGGCUUCAGUAAGGCCUCAACUCUUCUGGCCCAUGAGAGAGUCCACACAGGAGAGAAGCCAUACCAGUGUGAUGAGUGUGGUAAGAGCUUCAGUCAGAGAUCAUACCUUCAAAGUCAUCAGAGUGUUCAUACUGGAGAGAGACCAUAUAUAUGUGCUGUGUGUGGGAAGGGCUUCAGUCAGAGAGCAUAUCUUCAAGGCCAUCAGAGAGUCCACACAAGAGUGAAGCCAUAUAAAUGUGAGAUGUGUGGGAAGGGCUUUAGUCAGAGUUCACGCCUUGAAGCACAUCGGAGGGUCCACACAGGAGGGAAACCAUACAAGUGUGAGGUAUGUGCGAAGGGCUUCAGUGAGAGUUCACGCCUUCAGGCACAUCAGAGGAUCCACACAGAAGGAAGGCCUUAUAAAUGUGAACAAUGUGGUAAGGGUUUCAGUGGGUAUUCAAGUCUUCAAGCCCAUCACAGAGUCCACACUGGGGAGAAACCAUACAAAUGUGAGUUAUGUGGAAAGGGCUUCAGUCAGAGAUCCAACCUUCAAGCUCAUCAGAGAGUCCACACAGGAGAGAAACCAUUUGAAUGUGAAGCAUGUGGUAAGGGUUUCCGUUGGAGCUCAGGUCUUCUAAUUCAUCAGAGAAUUCAUAGUAGUGAUAAAUUCUAUAAAAGUGAAGAGUGCAGUAAGGAUUAUCCUUCAUCCGACAAUCCACAAUACAGGAAUGAAGUUCUGUAAAAUGAUGUUUUGUUUUGUUUUAAGCCUUCAAAUGGGAUCCGAAAUU